UUAUAUAUUAUUUGCUGAUAUUACAUUUAGAUAGCUAAAAGUAAGAAAAAUUAGAUAGUCCAGUAAAUGAUAAAUGUAUAUAUAUAUAUAUAUGCUUUAGACCCUAAUUGCUGAAAUAUAAUCUUUGGUUGUCCGUGUGAAAAAUUUAUGAGAAGACUUCCUAUUUCCUUUUCCUUUCCGUUGAAGCAGGCCAUCUCAUCACAUUUUCUUCUAAACCAGGAUCUCCCCACUACCAUGAAAGACCAAUUCAAUAUAGAAUGGGAGGUUCAGAAUAGUUCCUCCUCUUCAAUUCCGGUUCUUUCAAAAAGUAUUUGUACAGAAUUCAAGGCCCAAAAGAGCUCCAGAGGAGCUAGUGGAAGUGAAGCAAAGAGAAAUGUAAAAAAUAAUCGGAAUAAUGAUGGAAAGCAUCCAACCUAUAGAGGAGUAAGAAUGCGUCAAUGGGGCAAAUGGGUAUCUGAAAUCAGAGAACCGAGAAAGAAGUCAAGGAUUUGGUUAGGAACGUUUCCGACAGCCGAAAUGGCGGCUCGAGCUCACGACGUAGCUGCUAUAACCAUUAAAGGUAACUCAGCUUUUCUUAAUUUUCCCGAACUGGCUCGAGAACUACCUCGUCCGGCAACCUCGUCGCGGAAGGACAUCCAAGCCGCUGCCGCGAAAGCAGCUGCUUUUGACUACCGUAGAAGCCAUGAAACACCGCAUGAUGAUGAAGCCACUGAGCCGAGGCAAGAUCACGAAAUAAUUAAUGUGUCUCCCUCUCCAACUGCUACUGUAGCUUAUCCAGAAACUCAUGAUUCAUCUGCGGCGUCUCCAUUAACCGAUGAGGAUGAUGCAUUUUUCAACCUUCCUGAUCUUUUGGAAGAUGUUAAUAACCAUCAAGUGGAUGAGCCUUCUUACUCUUUGCCUUGGCCUCUGGCUGGAGCUGAGCCAGCUGAGACCGGUCUCCGGCUUGAGGAACCUUUCUUAUGGGACUACUGCUAGUUUAUACGCUUGAGGAAUCUUUGAUUGAAGCUAAUAAUAUAUUAUGUUUUGCCAUUGUUUUAAAGUCCCAAAUUUGGACAAUGACCAAUGCAGGAAGCACAUCUUUUAUUAUUAUUA